AUGUCAUUUCAGUGUGCAUGAAGCCUUCAGCCCAUUAACGAGCGAGUCAGUACAGAAAGCUAUUUACUCAAAUGCUACAGCUUGUGCAGCUGAAGUUUAACAAGACCCUCAUUCUUCAGUCUUUGCCUAAAAUGCUUUCAUUUACAUUGUACUGACUUUGACUGGGCUGUCUCAAGCAGGACGCAGCGGCUCUGAGCUCGCUUUGGGGACAGCAGAACUGAAGCUAAUGAGACCAAAUGUGAUUCUCUUCUACAAAUAAAGGAAUAGCUGGCUCGGGAUACUUUAUAUUCCUCGCUCAAACACUUCUGAGGUCCACAAGUGGGAGACAGUGAGCUAGAGCACUCUUGAGGAGUUGAUGUGUUAAUUAACCCUGUGAAUCUCUCCUUCAUGAAUUUUGACAACCCCAUCACUUAUCAACAAGGAGCUUUGCCAUUAGAGAUGGAGCAGCAAGUAGGCAAACUUACCUUUGGCUUCCAGCGCAGCUCAACAUCUGACGACGAUUCGGGGUGUGCUUUGGAAGAAUAUGCCUGGGUUCCUCCUGGCCUAAGGCCGGAACAAGUGCAGUUGUAUUUUUCCUGCCUACCUGAGGAAAAAGUUCCUUAUAUUAACAGCCCUGGAGAGAAAUUCCGUAUCAAGCAACUCCUGUACCAACUGCCACCUCAUGAUAAUGAAAUAAGAUACUGCCAGUCCCUCAGUGAAGAAGAAAAGAAAGAACUACAGAUGUUUAGUAUGCAGCGCAAGAAAGAAGCACUGGGGCGAGGCACCAUUAAAAUGCUACCAAGAGCACUGAUGCACACAAUCUGUGACCAGUGUGGAGAAAACAUCAAUGGAGGAGAAAUUGCAGUGUUUGCAUCGAGGGCAGGCUCUGGAUUGUGUUGGCACCCAGCAUGCUUUGUUUGUUCGACUUGCAACGAGCUCUUGGUUGACCUCAUCUACUUCUACCAGGAUGGCAAAAUUCACUGUGGCAGGCAUCAUGCCGAGCUCCUGAAACCCCGCUGCUCUGCUUGUGAUGAGAUUAUCUUUGCUGAUGAGUGCACAGAGGCUGAAGGUCGGCAUUGGCACAUGAAGCACUUCUCCUGCUUUGAAUGCGAGACUGUACUGGGUGGACAAAGGUACAUCAUGAAAGAUGGGCGUCCAUAUUGCUGUGGCUGCUUUGAAUCUCUUUAUGCGGAGUACUGUGAGGCAUGUGGAGAACACAUUGGAGUGGACCAUGCUCAGAUGACUUAUGAUGGCCUACACUGGCAUGCUACCGAGACUUGUUUCUGCUGUGCCCAAUGCAAGACCUCCUUGUUAGGUUGUCCAUUUCUACCUAAACAAGGAAGGAUAUACUGUUCCAAAGCCUGCAGCCUGGAUGAAGACAUUCAUGCCUCAGACUCCUCAGAUUCUGCCUUUCAGUCAGCAAGAUCAAGGGAAUCCCGACGUAGUGUACGGAUGGGAAAAAGCAGCAGGUCUGCUGACCAGUGUCGUCAGUCAUUGUUGUUCUCCCCUGCUGUUAACUACAAGUUCCCUGGCUUUUCAGGCAAUGCGGAUGAUACCUUGUCUCGCAAACUGGGUGACCUCAGUCUGUCUCAGCAGGAAGCUAGUUUUCCUGAUCACUUUUGGAAGAAUCGGGAGGAGCAAGAGCCACCAGAGGACCAUGAAGAAUGGGUAGAACAUGAGGACUACAUGACACAACUGCUUCUAAAGUUUGGGGAUCGUAGUAUCUUCCAACAGUCAGAGGACACAAGAGCAGCAGAACUCUGGAUGUCUGACACAGAGGGGAAACUUAAGUCUGAAUUAAAAGCUAGUGGAAAUAUACAAAGUCUGGCCAGCAAGAAGUAUCAGUCAGAUAUGUAUUGGGUUCAAUCACAGGAUGGCUUGGGGGAUUCAGCUUAUGGUAGCCACCCAGGACCAGCUAGCAGCAGAAAGAUUCAAGAGCUUGAGAUGGAUCAUGGUGCUGCUAGUUAUAAGCAUGAGCAGAAGCAGUGGUAUGAUGGCUCCCUAGACUGCAUCACUGAUGAACUGAAGCAUCCAGAGCAGUGUGUGAGGGAUUCCAUGGAUUCUUUAGCACUCUCCAAUAUCACUGGGGCUUCGGUUGAUGGGGAAAGUAAGCAGAGGCCAUCCUUAUACUCACUACAGAAUUUCCAAGAGCUUGAAACAGAGGAUUGUGAGAAAAUGAGCAACAUGGGGACAUUGAAUUCUUCAAUGCUCCACAGGAGUGCCAAUUCCUUGAAAAGCCUGACUUCAGAGCUGGAGCAAGAAGAAGAAGAAGAGGAGGAGGAGGAGGAAGAGGAAGAAGAAGAGGAGGCAUGCCUUCCAGAAGAAAAACCCAAGCCAAUCCACAUGCCAGUGUUACGGAGGUCCAAGUCACACUCCAGGCCACAGCAGGUGAAGUUUUCUGAUGAUGUCAUCGACAAUGGACAGUAUGAGGACCUAGAGGUUCGCCAGCCCCCAAUGAGUGAAAGGACUCGCCGACGGGUUUAUCAUUUUGAGGAGCAGAGCCAGCAUCCUCGUCAUCAUCACCACCACCACCACCGACGGCGCAGGAGCCGAAAGUCCCGUUCAGACAAUGCACUACACCUAGCCACAGACCGGAAAUGCUAUCCAAAGGACAGGGCUCGCAAUUACUUCCAUGAAGAUUAUGAGAAGCUUGGGCAAGCUAAGUGUCCUCAAGACCUGCAUGCCUAUUUGCCCAACCAGGAGAUGUACGGACAGUACUCCCAUGCUACAUCAGACUACGCACUGCAGAACCAGGUGGUGGAUAAAUUCCUUGGCCUGUAUGGUGAUGAAGACUCCUGGUGUUCAACCUGCUCCUCUUCUUCUUCAGAUUCAGAAGAAGAGGGGUAUUUUCUUGGUCAACCUAUCCCUCAACCCAGACAGCAAAGAUACCAUUAUUACACAGAUGACCUUUCAAGUCCUACAUCAGCAUUACCUUCGCCCCCAUUCGGGCCAAGGACAACUAAAUCAAAAAAGAAAAAAGGGCAUAAGGGCAAAAAUUGCAUAAUUUCCUAGGCUUAUAAAUCCAUCCAGUUCAACACUUAUUCUUGUGAACUUCUUGCAUUUGUUACAUUUCAGUUGAAUCUGAUUGAAUAUCAAGGAGGUCUUUUUUCAGUUGUAACUUGCUGAUGAUAAGAUUUGGCACAUUGUUUACAAAGUAGCUCUGCUCUUUUGUGUGAUCAUGUUUACACUCAUUGCUUAAGCUUCUAAGUGGAUUAGUAUUGCAGUGGAAAGCCAUGAAAAACUAGUAGAUGACAAUUCAAUAUACUCACAAUUUGGGUCAAAAUGUCCUAAUUAGUUUAUCCAAGGAUAUAGAUAAGGUUAAAGUCACAUACCAUCACAGUGAUGCAGGUUUAGUGUAUGAAUUACAAAUGGCAGCAUAAUAGUAAUUUCCCCCAAAACGUGUAUUUAUGAUGUAGCAUUUAGAAACUAACUGUUAUCAUAAUUUAAUGGUGCAAAUAUUAAUGUAUAUAUUGUAAAGUUAAGAUUUUAAAACUGAUAUUUUUAUAUCCCUGAGUUUCAAAAGACAUUUUUAUGUUUUGUUGUUAAGAAAUAGCAUUAUAAGUGCAGCCAGCUGCAUUCUUAGAUAGGAAGAACUCCACUUUUGUCAAUCAGGGUUUUAAAAAUUAAAAGCGUAAUGUGAUGCCAGCAAUGGUGUAUAUUGACUCUUGCUAUUUACAUUUUAACUGCUUCUUUUGGUAUUAGGUUACCUGAGUAUGUGAUGGGGACAUUCAUCCACACCUCUGCAUUAACUGCUUUGCUAGAUUGCAUUAUUUUAUUUAUGGGUCAUAUUAUGUUGUAAACAAAUCAAUGUAUUCUGUAUAGAUGUAAAAACUGGAACACAUGGCUAAAGACAAUAAAAACUGACAUGAUAAUUCAA